AUGACCACAAGGCCGAACUUGAACAGAGCAGCAUGCAGUGAUAAUCGAUAUCAGCCUUUCAUUUUUGAGACAGUUGGCCACAGUGACUGCACCUUUCAAAAAUCAUUUUGCAGUAGCUUUGGUCAGGAGACGUAUGUACACGGCGACACUACGGUCGACAGAAAAUGUAUAUGUAAUACCGAUAGAGGAUAUAUUUUUGUCAGGAACUCGAACAACCAAUGUAACUGUAAUCCUUCAACUGAAGAUUGUUCCUGCUAUCUCGGAAUAAACCCAUACAACAAAACGAUUGAACUAAAAGAUGUCAAAUGCUAUCAUGACAUGAAAAUGUUAAGCAGUCCUUUCUUAGGGGAUUCGUUCAGUAUAUCAAGGACAAUCAAGAUUAUUGAGUUUGACGAUUACAAAUACAAUCUGAACUAUUUUCCUACGAAUGAAUAUCGCAUCAAAGCAGCCACAUCUAUAUUGACAUUGUUAUUAGCGUACUACUAUUUCUCAGAAUUGGAUGGACCAAUUGUUAUGGAACUAUACCAUAAUGAAAUCGAAAAACAAAACAUAGUUGAACGUAGAGCAGCAAUGAAAGACGGAAAAGAAUUAAGACGCUAUGUUAGAAUUCAAGUUAUUGGUAAAGAAGGAGUUGGCAAGUCAAGCCUUGUACGUAGACUAGUUGGAGAAUCUAUUAGAGGAUGUGUAGAAAUUAUGGAUGGCAACGAGUGUCAGCUUACCCGAGUACUCGAUCGCAAGGCAGAGUACUCGAGUACAAUGUACUUGCUUGGUUACCUUGGUUAA